CCUCCGCGAACCCAGCAAGGGGGUUCCAUGAGGAACCCAAGACCUGGGUUCAUGAAACCCAAAUCUGGGUUCCUUGCGGAACCCAGCAACAUGAGGAACCCAAGACCUGGAUGGAAUUUGGAGAGAAAAGGUGCUUUGUUGAGCAUAGGCUGUGAUGAGCAGGAUCCCAGAUGCCCAUAUUGGACCCAUUCUGAUCACAGAUUUCAGUUCUUCCACUCGAUGAACAGUGUUUAAUCUCCAUAGAUUGGGAGAUUUUGUGUUGUCUUCUUCUGUCACGAUGGCUGCCUUAUCUAGAAAUCUACAAUUCAAGCAUGUAUGACAUUAAAAUUAUUUUGUCCAUUUCCCUCUCAAUCAUGUACCUAAGUCCAUUAUUGCAUUUGUCUGCUUUCAGACAUCAAACUUGCAACUUGUGUGGUUGUGUUUCAUGAACCCAGGUCUUGGGUUCCUCAUGGAACCCCCUUGCUGGGUUCGCGGAGGAAGAAGGUUGAGAAAGAGGAAGGGGCGGAGGGAUAAGAGAGAAGAAGGGAGGAAGAAGAAAAAGAAUAUAAUAAUAAUAAAUUAUUUGAGUUUUU